AUGCUCUCACCUUUACGGGGUGGCAGCAGAGGUCUGACCUCGUACCUGGCCGCUGUGGCAGCUUCAUCUUCGGCCUCAUCCUCCGCCUGGCGAUCUUCCACUGCCACUACCUCUUCCCUGUCUCCCCCAUCCUCCAGCCGUACGCUGGCCAGCGCUGCUCCCUCAAGAGUCAAGAACAACCAGCAGGAAUGGGCCAUACGUACAAAGGCGAUGGGGAAGCGUAGGGCGAAGCGAGUAGAGAACGUAUACCGAGCCAAGGGCCCUGAGGGAGAUAGAGCCAGCCCCGCACCGCCUGCCCGUCAGCGCUCAUUCGAAGCACCAUCUCGUCGUUCGCGACCCUCUGCAGGCUCUGCCCAUUCGCAAAGAGAGAAACGUUUCGGCUUGUCGACGAAGUUGAAGCAACUACGUGAGAGCAUAAAGCACCGAGAUCCAGCUGCAGUGGUACUGGAAGCUCAGAAGUUGUUUGACAAUGAGAAGAACUACGUCAAGUGGAAUGUCGUAACCUGCAAUCAGUACAUGGACCUUUUGUGCUACGCGGGCAAGCUACAGAUGGCCACUCAGGUGUACAUCGACAUGAAACGAUUUGGUCAAUAUCCCAAUGCCCGCACAUGGGUAACCCUUUUCCGAGGCGCAUUGGGCAAGGGCUUGAGUCAAAAGGACAAUACUCUGAUCCUCUCCAGAUUGGAAAGCGCAUACGCCGACCUCGAAAAUGUUCGCAUGGCAGCCUUCGGUCCGGAAGAGGACAUCAAGACUCGCAUUGGCGCUCUUGCACAGAAGCAGGAAUGGAUCGAAAUGGUGAAAGAAUUGAGGGUUGAUGCCCAAGCACUGCGCUUAGCUUAUGGUCGCUGGUGUCUUAUCCUCGUCAUGCUGGGUCGCCAUGAUGACGCAUGGGACAUCGUCUCCCGCUUCAGCGGUAGCUGGGAGGCCAACAAGAACGCCUUUCCCAGACUGAGCUGGGAAGUCGUCGACCUGUGGAUGCAACCUUACUCUUCAAAUCGUGUGGAGGUGACAAAAAGCGAUCUGGACAGAUUUGCAGAGACUUGGCAAAAGUAUACGAAGCUCAUCUAUACUUCUGCAGAUGGCGUCUUGGCGCGCUACAACACGGCUCGGAAUCAGGAAAAGAGAGAUGCCGUGGUCGAAGAGUGGAAAGCGCUCAUUCCUCCUCUAGACCUUCUCCAGUCAUUUGCAAGGAUAGCAAUGGAAAGUAAAGACAGCCGCCUUUGCGGGGCUGCCUUUGAAGCGCUCUGUGAUCAUACGGACGUCUUCGACGCUACCAAUAUCAAGAGCAAGCGAUCCGAGCUACUGCCUAGCGAGAUGUACGAUGAGAAGCACCCCCUGUGCAUGAAGAUUCGCACUGGAUCAUCCACCUUCAGGGUGUUGCUCUCAGCGGUGGCUCUGAAUGACCACAGCCCGGAAGCCAUCACGAGCACUCCCUUCUUCUACGAUCUACUUGUGAGCGACGCAAAGCAGGCGUUGAGCACAUUCGACGUUGCGAGACCCACGACGCUUCCGCGGAAAUCAUCCAGUACUGAUGAUACCCCCAUCUACGCUGUCGAGUUCAUGCUUCGACGAGCAAUUAUCGAAGCCGGUACCAAAGUGGGCGGCGACGUAGGCAAAAAUCUUUUGGAGCUCUUCUCCAUGAUCAGGCAAUUACACCAGAUCGGCCUACGCGAAAAUCUUCCCGAUGAAGGUCACUAUGCCAGUGCGGCCAGAUACCUACUUCGGGCGGCUGUGCGCAACCCUCAAUUUCCUCUAUGGUGGCUGCAAGACCGGGCUAUGAGCAAGGAGCAGCGAAGGAGCCCUUGGACUCCUCACACCGUCUCCUGCGCACUGCUAUAUGGACGCAUGAUCCUGGAGCUCGCCAAUCGUGCCAAGCCUCGCAAGUACGGCGCUGCUUCACAGGGACAAGCGCCGCGCGAGGAAGACUCUGCUAGCUCUCUCUUCCCGAGCGAGGAAGAGGACCUGAUGGAAGACCAGGAGUAUGAUCUAGAAGGAGAUGAUCUUCCGGCCUCCUCCUCUCCCUCUUCGGCUUCAGCCAAAGGAGACAUUCAAGAUGCCGCUGCGCGUCUGUAUGCACGCGACGAAGAGAAAUCCACAUCCACGUCUGCACCGCUGCAACAACGUGCCACACUCGAGGAGCGCGCUCUCGUCCUUGACUUUCUCCGUAAAUGGAAGGCCUCAUUCGCCCCAGGCGAGGACGGUGCCGUUACUGGCUCAUCGUCCGUCGUCAAGCUCUUCCCUGCGCCCGCAGACCUGGUGAAAGGCCAAGCAGGUCCCACUUUCGGCUCCAGCUCCAGCGCAGCCCGAGAGAGGGAUCGUGAUCGUGAUCGGGAGCCCCGCACGGGAAAGCUGAAUGAGCUAGACAGUGUUCUCCUCCUACGCACAACGAUUGUUUUUGCUCGCUUGCUCAAUCUUGCUCUGGACUCGGGAGCGCAAGGGGCAGAUUUGCUGGCGAGGGAGGAGGUGGUCUGGUUGAAGGAGUUCAAGAGGCGGGUGAGCGCGGUUAGGAUGCAGCUUGUUGAGGAGGGGGUGACGCUUGAUCCGAAGGGAUCGAGGGGCGGGAGGAGUAGAGGUGCGAGGAGAGCAGGAGCAGGAGCGGGGGCGGGAGCGGGGCCGUGA